UAACGUUGUUAACCCUAAUAGAAUAAACCAAAAAGCUGAUAGCAAUUUAAUUUAACCCGGUUCGGUUUUCAUUUGUGUUCAUCAAUUUGUCUCAUUUAGUAAUUGCCAUAUAAUUUUAUCAUAAAUAUAGUUGUUAAACGCAAUGAAGUUUGAGUUAUAGCCUUCUGACUGAGCCGUCAUAAACUGCAGGGAUGGCACUAAGGGCAAUUUCAACGAAUUUCAAAACCGGGAGCGGAAUGAUGAAAAACUACAGUGGCAUAAGAAACAUUCUCUACCUUACAAAUCUUAGACUACCAUCAACUUCUGUGCUAAUGCGAUCACAAAGUCAAAGUCCUGCGAUGUCACAGGCGUCUCCAGAGGCUGUCAAGAAAAGUGGUGUCAGCAAAUGGGAUCCUUUGGACACCAAGUUUGAAGAUCACAUAGCUGCAUGCAAGAGUAAAACUACUUGGGAAGUAUUACGAGGACUCAUUGUGUUUCAGAUGUGCUCCAUAAACUAUCUAGUAAACAACAAUGCUAAGCUGAUGAAAUUGGCAAAGUCUGUCUUAGGAAACGCUAUUUUUGCAAAUAUUAUGAGAGCCACAUUCUAUGGACAAUUCGUCGCUGGGGAGGAUGAAGCGAAAAUCGAUCCUGUGUUAAAGCGAAUGCAAUCAUUCGGUGUAAAAGCUAUUCUCGACUACUCUGUUGAAGAAGAUAUAUCAACUGAAGAAGCAAAGAAACGUGAAAUGGCCGCGUUGCAACCUGAAGAGAAACCGAAGGAACAAUUACCAGAAACAGGUGAUAUGGGGAAGGACAUUCCACAAUACCACCCGUCAGCCAAGUAUGCUGACAGGCGAUACAAAGUUUCCAGUGCCAGAACGUACUUUUACUUGGAUGAACCAAGCUGCGAACGUAAUCUAGAAAUUUUCCUAAAGAGCCUGCAAGCUGUUGCAGACUCUACUGGCGGAACUGGAAUCACUGCAGUCAAACUAACAGCUUUGGGAAAACCUCAGUUUUUACUUCAAUUGUCAGAAGUCAUCAUGAGAUCUCGUAAUUUUGUCAACGAAGUAAUGGGAGGCCAUGGCACUAUACUGAACCGUCACAUAACUCUAGAACAAUUGGAGGAAAAGCUGAAACAAGCAGGAAUCAAAGACACUGCUAAGUUCCUGGAAAAAGUAGUCAAAGACAGAGAAGGUGUUAUUCAUUUGUUUCCUUGGACAGGAAUCGUAGAUGAAAAUUUUGAGUUGAAUGAAACCUUUAGAGUUCCUAGUUUACAAGAGGGGCGCAUGGUUCGAUUGAUCUCCCAGCUGUCUCAGCAUGAAGAAGCAAUGUUUAGGAACACAAUUAGAAGAGUGAACACGCUGAUUAAAACUGCACAGGAUAUGAACAUCCGCAUACUAAUUGAUGCAGAGCAAACAUACUUUCAACCAGCUAUUUCUAGAAUCACAAUGGAAAUGAUGAAUAAAUACAAUAAAGAAAAGGCGAUAGUGUUCAACACUUACCAAUGCUAUUUGAACGAAGCGUUCAACGAGGUUUCGUCAGAUUUAGCUCAAGCGAAAAGACAAAAAUUCUACUUUGGUGCAAAACUUGUCCGGGGGGCUUACAUCGAUCAAGAGCGUGAACGUGCAGCGGAGUUGGGUUAUCCAGAUCCCAUUUGUCCGACCUAUGAAGCCACGUCUGAAAUGUACCACAAAACCUUGACAGAGUGUUUGAAGCAAAUCAAGGUUCUUAAAGAUACUGGACAACCAAACAAGAUUGCUAUCAUGGUGGCAUCACACAAUGAGGAUACUGUGAGAUUCGCUAUUGAACAAAUGAAACAAAUCGGCAUCAAUCCUGAAGACAAAGUGAUCUGUUUCGGACAGUUGUACGGGAUGUGUGACUAUAUAACGUUCCCUCUCGGUCAAGCGGGAUAUUCCGCUUUCAAAUACAUUCCUUACGGACCUGUAAAUGAGGUGUUACCGUACCUUUCUCGGCGAGCAACAGAAAACAGGAGCAUGUUUACAAAACUACAAAAGGAGAAACGACUAUUGCGAAAAGAACUAUGGCGACGAAUCACAAAUGGACAGACAUUCUAUACACCACAGGGUAAUUAUGUUCCAGUUUAAAAGAAUUUGUAAACAACUAGACGUUUUACCUACUUAACAGAACGCUUAAAAGAGUUCUAGCUUUAGGACCUACGCUUAUAGUUAUAUUUUAUCGACAAACAAUUUUCAUAUUAACUUUAUGAAUUAAUAUUUACCUAAAGUAAAAUAGUUAGGCUACUUAACUGUAUGGAUCUCCAUGGUUGUGCCUCUCUUGAACUACUUAAAAACCAAGCAAUAGAAAGUAUAUUGCACUUGUUUGAAAUGAAACUUUAGUCAAAUUUUGAUCUCCUGUUUGAUAGAUAGGUGAUACAAAAUGUGUGAUAUUUGUUGGAUAUAGUAUUAUUUAUUUUUAAGCAAUAAAAUGUUUGCUUUGU